AUGAGACUCAACGUCAUCUCCCUCAUUUCCCUCACCUUAACCCUAACAACCGCGCGCGCCCUCCCCUCCAACAACGGCAUUGGCCCUAUAACCAUCGAACCCGUCGACGAGCGAACGAACCGUUUUGUUGGCCCGGGGUCAGAUCUUGAGAAGUGUGGUUCGGAUAUGGAUUGUCAGUUUUUAUCAUGUGCUGGUGGUAUGAAGCCAAAGUGCGAGGUGGAAGCUGCUGUUCCGUUCUGUCGCUGCAAGUAA